AAUCGAAGCAUUAACCAUUCCUCAGGGAGCCAUGGAGUGCCAGGGAUAUUCGUGAAGUAUGAUCUCAACUCUCUGAAAAUUCGUGUACGAGAAGUUCACCGACCAUUUGGACAGUUUCUCAUACGAUUAAUUGGUAUUGUUGGAGGAAUAUUUUCUGUAUCAGGUAUAAUGCACUCCCUGGCUGGUUUUGUAACAGAUCUGAUAUGCUGCAAAUUCAAACUAGGACAAUACAAGAAGGAAAACUUCAGCGAUAUCGCCGAUUCUAGUUCUAUUACGGACAAUUUUCCCACGGAAAACAUCCCUGGAGUUAAUUUAUUGGCAACAGACAGCUGAUAAUAGCGAUUAUUAAUAAGUUCUAUUUUUUAUUAUUUAAGUACAAACAAGGUUUUUACUGUUAAUGAAAAUUAAGAAAUAUUUGGAGAAAAAAAAAUUGUGAGUACUUGCAGUACCUACAGCCAUUCCUAACAAGUGAUAUUUGCUAGAAUUUUAAUUUGCUAAACAUGUAUUUUCAAUCAGGUAAUAUACACUGAAUCUUUAAGAUAGCCUUCCAAUAUUUUUCUUAGUAUGUUGGGGUAAGGGGAUGGAGCUUAGAAGACCAAACAGAAAUGCUUUUAGUUGCAGGG